CCCAACCCGGCCAUCCGUAACAGACCUUGGCCUCGUCCUCCUCCUCCCACGCAGGGAACCGGCCGCCGCCAAUGGCGCUCCCCAACCAGCAGACGGUGGACUACCCCAGCUUCAAGCUCGUCCUCGUCGGCGACGGCGGCACCGGCAAGACCACCUUCGUGAAGAGGCAUCUGACUGGCGAGUUUGAGAAGAAGUAUGAACCCACCAUUGGUGUUGAGGUUCAUCCCUUGGACUUCUACACCAACCGCGGGAAGAUCCGCUUCUACUGCUGGGACACAGCAGGGCAGGAGAAGUUUGGUGGGCUUAGGGAUGGAUACCACAUCCACGGACAGUGUGGUAUCAUUAUGUUUGAUGUAACUUCACGGCUGAGUUACAAGAACGUUCCAACUUGGCACCGUGAUUUAUGCAGGGUCUGUGAAAACAUCCCAAUUGUGCUUUGUGGGAACAAGGUCGAUGUGAAGAAUAGGCAGACCAAAGCAAAGCAGGUGACUUUCCACAGGAAGAAGAGCCUGCAGUACUACGAGGUCUCAGCUAAGAGCAACUACAACUUCGAGAAGCCUUUCUUGUAUCUGGCCAAGAAGCUUGUUGGUGAUGCCAAUCUCCACUUUGUUGAAAGCCCUGCUCUCCUUCCUCCAGAUGUCACAAUUGACUUGGUCGCCCAGCAGCACUAAGUGUCCUACAGAGCACCAUGGAAACCAUAACUUCUCGCCACAUUCCUUGCUUCUCAAUUUUCUCACCGCUUGGUUUUUUGCAGGCAUGAAGCAGAGCUUGUUUAUGUUACUACCCAACCACUGCCAGAUGACGACGACGACCUGAUCGAGUAGGUGUUGCUCAAUAUCAUUGCCCGAUUAUAAUCUUAUUAUUCCUUGUCAUCAGCAAACCUAUGUACUUUAGGAUGAAAUUUUUGCAGCGGACAAGGUGUUUUGGUGAAUGUCUUAUAUUCCAGUAGAUGUGAUGAACUCGUCUAAUUUAGCCAUGGAAAUGAUUUAGUUGUCGAAUAAAACAUCUGUUUCUCCUGUAAA